AGGCGCCCCCUGUUGCACGCAAGUUCUUAAUAAACAUUUAAUGAAUGAACGCAUUAACAAAUGAACACCUGUUAUCUGAUUUGAACCCCACAGCAACCCUUUAAGGCAACCCAGAGAGUUACCAUUAGUGCCAUCUCCAGCUGGGGGAACUGAGACACAGAGAAAUUAUAUGCUACACAGAGCAUCCGGCAGCUCCUCUCCCCUGGGCUCAGCCUGCCUGGCACGGUCACGUCACAACCUCCACUGCAGUUCAAGUGAAACCUGGCUGGACAUAGCAGUGACCUUUGACCUGCUGGCAGGCAGGGGCCAGAUUCAUUGGAGCUUUUGUGGCACCCAGAAGACUUUAACCUCCGGAGCGGACUUCACCCAGGACAGCCUCGACGUGCUGGGGAGCCUUCUGCCGCUCCAAAACCCACUACCAUUCCUGUGCACCAGUUCCUCUGCCAUGAGGCCCCAAACCUGGUGGAGGAGGAAGCGGAAGUUCCACGGGACUCAGACGGGGAGGGAGCCUCGGAAGGGCACCAGCCGCUCAUUUUGCCGCAGAAAGCAGAGGCCAGGGCAGGGCGAAGUCACCGGCGCCAGGCGGCGGCCUUUGGGGUUGCCCAACCCCGGAGAUGCCUACACCCCAGUCUACCAAGUGAACAACUACAGGAAAAGCCAGCAGCACUUCCUGCCCUUGAGCUUGCCUUCAGGGAAAGAGAAUUUUGAUCAGCAAAGAGGAAAACAGGCUGGGAAGCAGAAGGCAGGACCCCAGCUGGGCCUUUCACCUCCGGAGAGGCUGACCUCAGAAGGCCAGCAGGAGGAGGACUGA